GCCGCGGCAUGGAGAGCCGAAAGGACAUGGUGAUGUUCAUGGAUGGGGGGCAGCUCGGCAGCCUGGUGGGCAAGAGGGUCUCCAACCUGUCGGAAGCCGUGGGCAGCCCGCUGGCCGAGCCGCCGGAGAAGAUGGUGCCCCGGGCUUGCCUGAGCCCCCGGGCCGGGGCCGCGGGCGCCCGAGAGCGCGGUGGAGGCCCGGCGGAGGAGGCGGCCGACGGACUGGCGGGCAGCGCGGCGGGGCCAGGGGCCGAAGCGCGCGGGGCUGGGGCGACGGUGCUCGGGCCCGGACCUCCGGCUUCGUGCGCCGAGAGCCUCUCGGGACAGGGCCACCCCAGCAGCUCGGACACCGAGUCGGAUUUCUAUGAAGAAAUCGAGGUGAGCUGCACCCCGGACUGCGCCACCGGGAGCGCCGAGUACCAGCACAGCAAAGGGUCAGGCUCCGAGGCGCUGGCCAACAGCCCCAGCAGUGGCAGUGAAGCCCCGAAGAGCCAAAGUGGCAGCGGCUCACAGAGCUCCCUGACCUGCAGCGCCAGUGACCAGAUGCGGCGGUACCGCACAGCCUUCACCAGAGAGCAGAUCGCGCGUCUGGAGAAGGAAUUCUACCGGGAGAACUACGUGUCCAGGCCCCGGAGGUGUGAGCUGGCUGCGGCCCUCAACCUGCCUGAAACUACCAUCAAGGUGUGGUUCCAGAACCGGCGGAUGAAGGACAAGCGGCAGCGGCUGGCCAUGACGUGGCCGCACCCCGCAGACCCCGCCUUCUACACGUACAUGAUGAGCCACGCGGCGGCGGCCGGCGGCCUGCCCUACCCCUUCCCGUCGCACCUGCCCCUGCCCUACUACUCGCCCGUGGGCCUGAGCGCCGCCUCGGCCGCUUCGGCCGCCGCCACCCCCUUCAGUGGCCCCCUGCGCCCGCUCGACACGUUCCGGGUGCUGUCGCAGCCCUACCCGCGGCCCGAACUGCUGUGCGCCUUCCGCCACCCGCCGCUCUACCCCGGCCCCGCGCACGGACUGGGCGCCUCGGCCGCCGGGCCCUGCUCCUGCCUCGCCUGCCACAGCGGCCCGGCCAACGGGCUGGCGCCUCGCGCAGCCGCCGCCUCGGACUUCACCUGUGCCUCCACGUCCCGCUCGGACUCCUUCCUCACCUUCGCGCCCUCGGUCCUCAGCAAGGCCGCCUCGGUCGCGCUGGACCAGAGGGAGGAGGUGCCGCUCACCAGAUAAGGCGUUGCCCGUCGCCCUGCAGGCCUCCCUUCCAGGGACACGCGGCCAGCGCCCCCUCACUGGCCACCUGCACCCUCCGACCGGGGAUGGGGAGAAAGAAGCACAGGGGCCAGAAAAGGACCUGAGGGA